AAUGGACAAUUCGGACGAAAAUGAGCAAAUUGAGGAGCUGAUCUACUCGGAGACGGAAGAAUUGGAAGAGGAGACCGUGGACAUCCUGCCGAGUGGCGAUGAGGAGAAGGAGGAAGCUUCCACAUCGCAGGUCAUCACGGGCGACCUUCCCGUGAAGAACAUCGUGUGCAUCAAGCCGUCGAGCGGAGGAGGAGGCAUUCCGUUACAGCUGAAGUCCCUCCCGACAUCUCGAAACACGGCCAUUGCGUCACAGGUGCAGAAGCUGAUGGGGAAGCAAGUGACUAUUGUCUCGAAGUCAGUGAGCGGUUCCGUCAGCGGGUCUCCCAUCACACCCAUCACCAUCGCGGCGUCUCCGCGUGUGGCGACGUCCGGUGGACAGCUGGGCCAGAAGAUCGCCCUGCAGUCUGGCGGGAAGAAGAUCGUGACAAUAUCGCCCUCACAGGCGCAACAGUUUAAGCUCGUGUCCUCGGCCUCGCCAUCCUACCUCUCGCGGAUCAAGACCUUGGGCUCCAACUCUGCCCAGAGGAUUAUCGUGAAGGCAUCACCCAGUUCAGUGUCCACGUCGAAGCUGAGUGGGACGUUCAUCGACAUGGGCGGGCAGAAGCAGAUGGUGGUGAAUUCUCCCAACAUCUUGAACAUUGGAGCGUCCUCGUCGCAAGCCCAGAGGAGUCCUGCCAUGAAGUCUAUCAAUGUGCCCAACAAGGUGCAAGUGGUGAGGGUGAUCAACCCAAAGACGCAGCAGCAAUCGCUGCAGAAGAUUGUUAUUGCGCAUCCCCAGAAGGUGAAGGUGGAAGACAGUCGCUCCUCAACCUCUCCGGGAUCUGGUCCUCCGCCGAAGCUGGUGAUUCAGAGCAAAAACGGGCAGUGCUUCUACGUGGCCACGUCGCCCACAAAGACCAACACCACCAAGUACACGCUCGAGACGAAGGGAUCGCCAUCUGGAUCUGGCCAGAGAGCGGCCCAUCCUGUGCCGAUGUCGAAGAUUGUGCUGGACAAGGACAAGCUGAAGGUGGUCUUUCCGGAGCCCACCAUCCUCAACUCGAGUGUGUCCAACAACUCCAAGAGUUUUCCCGUGCACGUGUUCACCAGCAAGACGGGUCACUCGCCCGGCUCCAACACAACGGUGACAAACGUGCGCAACUUCAGCAACAAGCCCAUUAUCACGGAGCGCAAGGUGGAGGUGAAGGAGAAGAUCGACAUCGAGAAGCUGCUGGAGGGCGGCGGGCUGCACGACACGGGCAAGAGGCGACCUUGCAACUGCACGCGCUCGCAAUGUCUCAAGCUCUACUGCGAGUGUUUCGCCAAUGGGGAGUUCUGCAAGAACUGCAACUGCAAGGAGUGCUACAACAGCCUGGAGCACGAGGAGGAUCGCCAGAAGGCCAUCCGACUGUGUCUGGAUCGCAAUCCUAACGCCUUCCGGCCAAAGAUUGGCAAGUUCAAUGAGGAGGACGCCAUCCGGCGACAGCACAACAAAGGCUGCAACUGCAAACGCUCCGGCUGCCUCAAGAACUACUGCGAGUGCUACGAGGCGAAGAUCUCGUGUUCGAACAACUGCAAGUGCUUCGGCUGUCGCAACGUCGAGGGCUACUUCCCGCGGGACGACAGCACACCGACGGCGGGGACGAAACGCCAGAGCCAGGAGCUGGAGCCCGAGUGCUCGCCACGCAAGCAAGCGUGCAACUUCAUGACACCCGACGUCGUGGAGGCCUCCAUUCAGUGCAUGAUCGCCCAGGCGGACGACUGCCAGAAGUCCAGCGUGCCCUUCCUGCUCACCGAAAAGAUGAUCCUCGAGGAGUUUGGCCGCUGUCUGGCCGAGAUCAUUGACUUCUCCUUCAAUAACACCGACUAUUAACUU